AUGACGAUAUUCAAACCCACAGCAGACGAUUCGGGCCAUCCGCCAUCGAGGAAGAUCCAUCUCAUCGUUGCGCAGGUUAUGUGCUUGGGUAUCACAGUCAUCAUUGUUGGGCUACGUAUUUACGAGAGAGCAGCUAUUCAUGCUGUUGGAAUUGAUGACUACUUGAUACUACUCGCGAUGUUCUUCGCAAUCCUGUUCACGGUUUGCAUUUGUGUGUCCCCAACAUUUGGAUGGACAUCCCAUCUCGAAGAUGUUGAAGAUAAAAUCCCAUCUCUUACAGUUGCGUGGAUAGCGCAACUAUUUUUCACGCCAGCUGUGUCGACAGUCAAAUUGUCCAUCUUGGUUUUUUACCUCCGGCUUUCGACAUCCAAGUCUUUCCGAUACUGUGUUUUUGGUGGAAUAAUUUUCGUAUCGCUGUGGUUCAUUAUCUUCGAGACUGUUAUUGCUAUGGUAUGA